AUGAAAGCCUCAGGCUGCAUACUAUCUUUCCUUUUUGUCUUCUCUUCUAUCUCAUCUAUCUCUGUAGCUCUAACAGAUGCCGAAGCGUCCUUUCUUGUACGUCGCCAGCUGCUAACGCUCCCGGAGGGCGGUGACCUACCCGAUAACUAUGAAAAUGGGGUUCAGCUGAACAUGGAGUUCCCCAACCCUAGGCUUCGACGUGCAUACAUUGCACUCCAGGCUUGGAAGAAGGCCAUAUACUCUGACCCUCAAAAGAAAACUGCCAACUGGGUUGGUCCUGAAGUAUGCAACUACACAGGAGUGUUUUGUGAAAAAGCAAUGGAUGACCCAAAAAUCGACGUGGUGGCGGCCAUUGAUCUGAAUGGGGCUGACAUUGCAGGAUACCUUCCUGCUGAGUUGGGCCUAUUGCAAGACCUUGCCGUGUUCCACAUCAACUCCAACAGGUUCUGCGGUAUCGUGCCCCAAAGCUUUUGCAAGAUGACUCUCCUCUACGAGCUUGAUAUCAGCAACAACCGCUUUGUGGGUGAGUUCCCAGGAGUGUACGCAUGCCUUCGCCUCAAGUACUUCGACAUCAGGUACAAUGAGUUUGAAGGUUGCCUGCCACCUGAUCUCUUCAAUAUGGAUCUGGAUGCCUUGUUCAUCAACAACAAUAGAUUCGGAUGCCCUAUUCCUGAAAACAUUGGCAACUCUAAUGUGUCGGUUCUCGUCAUUGCCAACAACAACUUCGAGGGUUGCAUUCCUAGCAGCAUCGGGAAAAUGAGGAACCUGAACGAGCUCAUCUUCUCAAACAACAAACUAGGCGGGUGUGUGCCUCCCGAGCUCUUCCAAAUGUCGAGCCUGACAGUGUUGGACAUCAGUGCAAACUCAUUCAGCGGCAUCCUGACGAAAUCGUUCAAGGUCGAGAAUGUGGAGGAGUUCAGCCUUGCAAACAACCAGCUGACCGGGUUUGUUCCCGACAGCAUUUGCAAGCUGCCUGGUUUGAAGAACUUCACAUACUCCAACAACUUCUUCAACGGCGCAGCCCCCGAAUGUGUGCCUACCAAAAGACAGGACAUCGUGAUGGACGACUCAAGCAACUGCUUACCGGAUAGGCCUAAACAGAGGUCACCAAAAGAAUGCCAAGCAGUGGUGAGCAAGCCGGUGGAUUGCAGCAAGGCCAAGUGCGGAGGUGGCGGAGUGCCUCCAAAGCCGCCAGUGCCACAACAACCUCCCAAGGUAGAGACACCAAAACCACAACCACCAAAGGAGGAACCACACCCUCCUCCUCAUAACAUACAAAGCCCGCAUGCUCAAUCACCACCUCCAGUGUACUCGCCACCACCAGCUCCAGUCCACUCUCCACCACCACCGGCACCCGUCCACUCGCCACCACCCCCAGUGCACUCUCCCCCACCCCCAGUGCACUCUCCUCCACCACCAGUCCAAUCUCCCCCACCACCAGUGCACUCUCCACCACCACCUGUUCACUCCCCACCACCCCCUGUCCAAUCCCCACCACCACCGGUCCACUCUCCUCCACCACCUGUUCACUCCCCACCACCCCCUGUCCAAUCCCCACCACCACCGGUCCACUCUCCUCCACCACCUGUCCACUCUCCACCACCACCAGUCCAAUCUCCCCCACCACCAGUGCACUCUCCUCCACCACCUAUCCAAUCUCCCCCACCACCAGUGCACUCUCCUCCACCACCUGUCCAAUCUCCCCCACCCCCAGUGCACUCUCCUCCACCACCAGUCCACUCUCCGCCACCCCCAGUCCAGUCUCCCCCACCACCGGCUCCAGUGCACUCUCCGCCACCUCCAGUGAAGUCUCCACCACCACCGACUCCAACCUUCGUGCUGCCACCAAACCUGGGAUUCCAAUACCAGUCACCGCCUCCGCCUAUGUUCCCAGGCUACUAA